AUGCGACUCUUGCUGCUCAGUCUCUGUGUUGGCCUUGCCCUCGCCCAUCCUAUGCACAACGCGCCGGGCCUCGGCGAUAUAUUUGGCGACGACACAUUUGACGACUCGCCAAUAGACACAAGCACUGAAGUGUUUCCUCGUCCACCACGCCUCCCUCCUAUUGCGACGAAUGAAGGCCCUGGAUUUGUUGAUCUUCUGCCGACUACUACUGCAGGGAAGAGAAUCAAGAGUUCAUCGACUGCUGCGAGCGUGGGAUCAGCGAGUCUGGCUGCUAUCAACACACUUUUGUCUUCAACCACCAGUUUGGCGAGCACGCCGACGACUACCAUUCCCCUCGACUAUACGCCUCUUUUGCCUGUCGUUCCGCCCACGGAAACACCUGGCGACACGUCAACUACUUCGUCUGCUGCAGCGCAAUGGAAGAUCAUCGGCGUGACAACGGUCGGCAUCGCGGUGGUCGCUGGGUUCCUACUGUGCAUUCUCUACUACGACGCGCUCUGGGGCUGCAUGCUGGCUAUGGUUGGCAAGAAGAAGCGGAAGAACAAAGGGACGGAGGAUCUGGUGCCGGACUGGGCGAGGGGCGAGUGGGAGUAUAAGAUUGCGAGUGAGGACGGACACCGGUACCCGACUAUGGCCUCGCUCGAGUCGAUGGCGAAGAAUUUGAAGAGCCCCAAUCCUGACCCACACAGUCUUGUGCCCUCCCGCCUGCCGUCAAUCUAUAUUCCGAAACUGGAGCCACAUCCUCUCGAGCCGCUUUUCCGUCGACCUAGCGUGGUGCAGCACCCGAUUCUACUCAGUCCGAACCUGCAGCGGUGA